GAUAGCGGAGGCGAGACAAGGGGCGUACUGCUCGUCCUCGUUCGCGUCAAUCAUGAGCACGGGGCGGGGCGGGAGGACCAGGCGCCCGAGUACGUCCUGCCCCGCCGGAAGUGAAGCCCCUGCCUGGAUGGCAGCAGUAGUUCUAGGGGGAGACACCAUGGGCCCCGAGCGUAUCUUCCCCAAUCAGACUGAGGAACUAGGGCCGCACCAGGGCCCUUCGGAAGGCACUGGGGAUUGGAGCAGCGAGGAGCCUGAGGAAGAGCAGGAGGAAACGGGGGCAGGCCCAGCUGGCUACUCCUAUCAGCCCCUGAACCAAGAUCCUGAACAAGAGGAGGUGGAGCUAGCACCGGUGGGGGACGGAGAAGAUGUAGUUGCUGAUAUUCAGGAUCGGAUCCAGGCCCUGGGGCUUCAUUUGCCAGACCCACCAUUAGAGAGCGAGGAUGAAGAGGAGGAGGGAGCUACAGGAUUGAGCAAUCACAGCUCUAUUCCCAUGGACCCGGAACAUGUGGAGCUGGUGAAAAGGACGAUGGCUGGAGUAAGCCUGCCUGCACCAGGGGUUCCUGCCUGGGCUCGGGAGAUAUCAGAUGCCCAGUGGGAAGAUGUGGUACAGAAGGCCCUUCAAGCCCGGCAGGGUACCCCAGCCUGGAAGUAACUAGCCUGAGAGCUGCCUUAUCUCCCUGCAUUCCAGGCCAGAACCAGCACAGGACUGAACAUAGCGGUGGUUGUAACGUCCAUCUCCAUCUUUCUCAUCUCCCUUUCUACAUCAAGGCAAAUCAGACU